ACGUCAACAUGGCGCGCAAGCUUACGUUGUUGUUGCCGUCGGCAUUGUUCUUUUUCGUUUCGCAGGUGAGACUUUUUGAAAUUGAAUUCAAAACGAUACAAAACUGUAAAGAUGAGAAUAAAUUCUACCAAAUAUCCAAUCUACAAUGCGGAGACUGCCAAGACACUUCAGGAAAUAAACUUAAUAAAAUAGUCUCAAAAGACGGUUUAUUUUGUUCCUGUAACAAUGGUUAUAAAAUUUCAGAGUAUUUUGGUGGUCCCACAAUAGAUUGCAGAGCUUGCCCUGCAGGUCAAGCUUCAUCAAAAGAUAAAUGGUUUUGUCUUUCUUGUCAAACGCCAAUCACAGCGAACAAGGUUUGUGACGAAUGCCCAUCAAACACAAAAGCAAUUGAGCGUAAUUUAAACGGUUCUACACUUGCAAAACGACGAUGCAUAUCUUGUGUUAAUGAUUUAGUGAUUGAUCCUAGCUCAAGUAAACCUGUUUGCAAGGUUUGCCCUUCGUGUGGCGUUCCUAUAAAGUCGGUAAACAGUAGACUAUUUACAAUUGUGAUUGACAAUGAUUUAACAAUUGAAAGUGAUUUUCUUAGAAGAAAUUUCGCCAUUGCUAAAACACUUUGUAAAGAUAAACGCAACUUCACUGCAUGUCAGCUACUAGGCAACCUUUGUGUCAUGUUAGAUUAUCGUGAAGAUUCAGAUAACCCAUGUGUUGAGUAUCUUAAGUUAGUAAAUAACCCCCCUGGAAACCAAGCUCAUGUUAGAGGUAGGAGGGGGGAGGUGAAUACAAAUUGGCCUGUUUACAUGCCAUGGUUGUACUACAAAAACAGUCUGCAGAAUACAGUUAACGAGCUUAACAGAAAAGACAUUAAUAUCAAGUUUAAAAGUAGACAAUUACUGCCGUUAUUUUUGGCUGUGUAUGCAGCCAAUGGUUCCUUUGUUGGCCUCAAAAGUGAUGUGACCAAGACGCUACAGUUGUGUCAUGAUAGAGAAACAAAAUUGCAGGUUGCCGACAAGUUUGGAACAAUCUAUGAAAACAAGUGUCAACUUAAAGUCAGUCAGCUCUGGCAACAACAAGAAAUGCAUUUCUUUGAUCUUUACUUCAAGUCCACAUCAACAAGUCUCUAUGCAGUGCCUUUGGUUUUGGAGAACUACCAAAACAAUAAUGAUGACACAUUCAAAUCUUGGAAACUUUUGCGUCGGUUUUUUCUUGUGGACAACCAAAGCAGGCGACCAGUUAGCACAAGUAGUUCCACCAAGAUGGUACUACGUGUGGCUCAAACAGUUCAAAUCUACAUACGACUUCGUGAUGGUCAAGGGCAUAUAUACCCUCCUUAUAUAAAAUUGAGGUAUAUUGACAUCAAGGUGAAUGAUGAUGUACUAAAACAGGACCCAAAGGUUGACGUUGCUUUCAAGAUAAAAUAUGAAAUGGAUACAUCAUCUAUUUCUCAAGAUAUAAAGAUUGUGAUAGGUGUCUUAUCAGGCAUUGCCAUUAUGUACGGUUUGCUUAUGGUCUACAGUUGGAGACGACGUGAAGGCAUUCAAGUUGUUGAAAUAUUUUCUCUCCUUCAUUUUAUUACAUUUUCAUUCGGUGUUUUGGCAACCGUGUACUUUUGGAUUUUAUUUGCAUUUGCUAAUUUAUGGUUGAUAUUCUUCAAGGGGCAGCAUGUAGUGUAUCGACUUCUUCCAACUUCUGGCCAGGAACAGAUUUUUCGCGAUCUUCUCAUUAUUGCUUUUGUGUUUAAAUUUAUCAAUCUUGUCCAAAUGAUUGCAGCCCAAAUCAGAAUGGAUAUUUUCUUCAUUGACUGGGAACGACCACCCCCUAUAGCACGUGCUACAAACCAAGGUGUUGAUGCUAAGUCACCGGUCAGUGUCUGGCGUACCCUCUUCAUUGGGAACGAAUGGAACGAACUACAGACCUUACGUAAGAUUAGUCCAGAAUUUCAACUAGGUCUGGUUGUAUUCUUUCUCAAGGUCGUUGGAUUUGAACACCUUACGACCACAGAUCCGGUUAGAAGGUAUUCUGUGGAUUGUAAAACGGAUUACGUCGGCGAAGAAAGCCAUCUUCUUCGUUUCGCUAUCACUAGUAUUCUUUUCAUGUCUAUCGCUUUUUUACAAUGGCUUUUUUUCUCCUUCAUAUACGAGCGCUUUUUUGGAGAUCCGUUUGGAGAUUUCGUCGAUCUUUGCUCAAUGGCAAAUGUUAGCGUGAUGGUGUUUGAGAAUAAGUUGUACGGUCACUAUAUACACGGACGGUCUGUUCAUGGUCGCUCUGACACGGAUAUGCUUGACAUGCACGAGCAAUUCAAACGAGAAGAAGCUGAUCUUUGCGGCAAACGUGGUUUGGAGCCAAACUCUGAUAGACAAACGUUCCAGAUGAUGGUCACAAAAAGAUUCCGAGCGUCAUACGAUCGUUUCUACGAUCCUAUUCGAAUGCAGACACAAAAUAUCGAGAGAAGAAACGCACCACAACUGCAAGGUCAUUCCGCUGGUGUGAAUCUAAGUAUGGCAGUGCAACAGACUAUCGAGGCGUACAGUUCUGUAAAUAAAUUCCUUUCAGCAUUUAUUGAUCAUUCAUUACGUGAACACGACUAUUUCGUCAAGAAUAAACUACUCUUUGAAAAAAUUCUCAAUGUUGAAUUGGGUGAAAUUAUUGAAGAGAAAACCGUUUUGUACAACGACGACUCUCGCUCUUUUACAAAUGUGUUUUUCUUUGGCCACGAGUGGAUUCUCUUGUUAUGGGAUGUAUUAUUCUUUGCUAUCGUCGACUAUAUUGCAUUAAACUUUGUUUUAGCUGGAAUUUUGACGUACUUUCAAAGCCGUGUCUUAAAAUCAAUACGCAUGGUAAUGGGAAAGAAAAAUCUCGCGAGGAAGACACUAAUUGAUGAACGCUUUUUGAUUUGAAGCAACAGGCCUAGAGGUGAUACUUAGAUUUGUAAACACCAUGGAGUAUUUAUAGAAAAAAUAACUUAACGACAACAAUAUUUAUAAAAAUAGCAAGUCAUUGGAAUAAAUGGUCAAAUCAUUUUA